UGACUCGGAGCACAUCGCUGAAGGCAAGAGGUCAUACAACCCGCUCCUCUCUGCCUGUAAUGGGCAGCCGAGGAAUUAUUCUCCGCAUGCAUACUCAUGGCGCCCGACAUGCCAUGCAAUCAGCCGACCACGGAAACAUACGUCUUGCACCGCAGGGCCUAGGCUCCGCGUCCUGGUGCGAAACUCCGUUCCGCGCUUCUUCGAUAAUUGACAACGACAUUUAUACGCGCCAAUAAAAGAGAUGAUGGCAGGUCGUGUGGGCCGCUCCUAGCAUCUUCCGCCCUCGAUCUAGUCUCUUCUGGUCCUGGUAGGAUUUCAUUGCUCUGUCUGCCGAUGCCCCGAGCACAUUGGAGGUAUCCUCAUGCCGCCCUCUCCUCUUCAUACAGUGAAAUGGCUGCAUGUUGCCUCACUCCAAACCAUAGCAGCGGGAUGGGCCAUCGUGCGAUGGCAGAUAGCAUGCUGACUCACUUUCCUAUUACAGUGUAUAAAAGCUUGCGGUCCUCCUUUGAUCCAUCAACAGCAUCCACGCCCUUCUUGUCUGUUUCUUUGUUCUUACUACCCGUCCCUCCAACGAUGUUAGUCUUUGACGAGUUCUCUGACGAGUUCGUUGUUGUCGAGUUUGAGUCUGAACAUUUCGUUGUUCUGAAGUCUGCCUUGAAUCCUGCACCAACCGACACAGCUCGUCCACCUCCAGCAUCACCAGUUUCAUCUUCAAAAGUUUCAUGUUUAAAAGACUGCGGUUGCCAACAAACAGUCUCGGACCUUCCAUCUCCCCCAGCUGGCAGCUCGGCUCAAGUAGCUCAUAGGAAAUGUCCACAAACAAUCUCUGUCGCUGCACCGCCUCCACCCCCCCCUCCUCCUCCUCCUCCACCACCACCUCCACCACCACCUCUAGCAUCUCCAGUUCUCAACGAUUGCGGUUGUGAACGGACAAUCUCUGUCGCUGCACCGCCUCCACCUCCCCUGCCUCCUCCUCCUCCUCCUCCUCCUCCACCACCACCUCUAGCAUCUCCAGUUCUCAACGAUUGUGGUUGUGAACGGACAAUCUCUGUCGCUGCACCGCCUCCACCUCCUCCUCCACCACCACCAUCUUCUUACUUUUUGAUGCCGCCGCCGCCGCUGCCGCCGCCUCCUCCACCCCCUAUAUCACAACAACCGCUUCCAUGGCAGAUGCAAACAGGAUCAUCGGAUAUGCCAUACUUCCCAAACAAGUCAAAGAAACAACAUAUCGAUUUCAACGUACCACCCCCGCCCCCACCCCCACCUCCAGGAAUGGUCAUCAUGAACCAGGGCAGGGGACGCACCUUUAGCCGAAGUUCCAGCAUCGAUUCUUACCGAUCAGCCAGUUCGCCAGUCUCGAAGCACAUGGCCGAGCGUGUCAGUAGCCACAGCGAUCUUAUACCCCCGCGAUACUCUGGGGAAACGGAUCCGGAUGCCGAUAGGAUUGUGAGAAUACCUAUAUUCAAGCGCAAUAUCUAUGUUCCAUCUCAUGGUGCAUCUCCGGCCGACCUGGCGGACUUUAUGUGGCUUCUUAAGUUUGGUGGGCCAGAGCAAUGGUAUGAGAGACCAGAACCAGUUAAGCUGGACCGGAUGACUGCUCUUGAUGCUGUUGGAUGCCCCCCAGAUAAGCUGAAGCCUCUCGACAACCCUCGGCCGUUGUCUCUUGAUGUUCCUCAGAUAUGGGCAUCCUCAGCCUUGAACACUCCCACCAAUGAUGAUGUCUUCGACUGCAUGGCCGGCCACUCGACGGACGGAGAUUUUGCUGGAGCUUGUCACCAGUGUACUGAUGAGAAGUGUGAGGCUCUUGAGAAGACCUCCUUAGUAUACACCCUUAUCCUCUCAACUUUCCAGGCGAAUGAGUACUAUUCUGGCAAGGUCAGCCUUUCUGGGAAUGGAAAGAAUAUUUAUAAGAUGACAAGAUGCGGUCGAAGAGAAGCAGCGGCUGCUGCCGCCUUCUAUGCUGCUGGCGCCAAUGGAUGGAGCGUGGUAUUCUCCUGUGUAAUGGUUGAGGGAGAGACUGAGUUGAGAGGUAAUGGUGUCAGUGUUGAGAGGGUUAAUAACUUGUGGCAACUUGCAGUCAGGCAGCGAUUAGGAAAGAAAGUUAAGAUGAUGUUCUACUAACUAGACAGCCUCGCCAUCUUUCUACUGCUCCUUCUCCGCUUUAUGAACUAGGACUGUGUUUAGAGCGCGGCGAGAAGGCUGGGAAAGCCCAGAGGAACACCUCGAUGCGCUUGUUGCUGCUUUGAAGGAGUACCGCGGAUGGACAACUUGACGAAAUUUUCAUUCUGGGUGGCUGUUAUUUUCUGUUCCUAUUUUUCGCUCCUCUCGGUAGCUACAGCUUAGUGGCAAAUUCUAUCUACCAUGCAACCCAUACCGCAGACUCCUCUCUCCUCAAGUGGUAUUGUCGUAUCACAAAGCCCCAGCUUCCACGACCGCGACGCUUGCAACAACGCUUCUAAACAACCCCAGACCGGCAGCCCCAAACAAACACCGGCGAGUCACCGAUAGGGACGAGGAGAGG